AUGGAUUCAAAUAUAGAAGAAGAUAAUCCCCUAUUCAAAGGGGUUUUGGUUUUAUUUGCCAUAGUAGCCAUUUUGAUAAUUGUAUUGUGGAUAGCAUUCGUUCGUUAUUUAAGAUUGAAUCAGAAAAAAGAGCUGCACAAAGAAGAAAUAGCAGAAAUAAGAAGCGAAAUUUUGAUGAAAAAUGGAAAGGUAUACAAUACUCUAAGCCCUGCGGGAAAUCCUUUAAAGCAGAAAAAUGAACCAUUUAUCAAGUUUAAGCCCGAGUCGAAAUAUAAAAAUAUCGAUAAAAAAGCGGGUUCUCCUUUAUCACCGAAUAAAAUGGUGACGGGUGGGGAGAUAUCUCGAUAUAAGAAUGACGAGGGCUUAACACAGAGUAGAAAAAACAUGGGAGAUGAUCCUUAUUCAAAAUUUGUAUCGUCGAUGUUCAAAAAUGAAUUAUCCAAGGAAUCGGGAAACGUGAGCGGGGAUAUUAAUAGAAAACAUUCCUUCUUUAUUCCUCCUUUGUAUAGUAAUGAUCGUAAAUAUUCCAAUUUGAUAUAUCCCUACUCUCCUAUCAAUGAAUUGAAAUAUAAAUUCUAUUUUGGCGCGGGUGGUAAUAGAGAAAAGAAAGUAGAGCCUAUAGCUGUAUCGGAACUAUUUGAUUAUAUAAAUACUAUGAAAAUAGAUCCCGAAUCGUUUAAAGCGGAACACGCCCUUUUGCCCGAAGGUCAUACGAAGCCGUGUGAAAUUGGGGCCAAACCUCGUAACAAAUUUAGAAAUCGCUACGCCAACAUAUUGGCUUACGAUGAAGGAAGAGUCGUUUUGCAAAUCACUCAAAGGAAUCCCGACGGAUAUAUCAACGCGAAUUACAUUGACAGUUAUAUGCAUCCCAAAUCGUAUAUCGCUACCCAGGGUCCCCUGAGGGAUUAUAUUGACGAAUUCUGGGAAAUGAUUUGGCAAGAAAACAGCCUGAAAAUUAUAAUGCUGACCCGUAUAUUCGAAAAUAAAGUGGAAAAAUGUGAUCGUUACUGGCCCACGUUCGAGGAAACAUAUGGUAAAAUCAAGAUCAAGGUGUUGAAGGCGAGCAGAACGGCUAACUACGUCAUAUUCGACCUAGAACUUUACAACAAAGUAGAAUUGAAGAAAAGAAUCGUACGCUUGUAUUGGUUUUUAUCUUGGCCAGAUCACGGGGUGCCCGAAAAAACUACAGAAUUUUUAUCCUUUUAUAAUUUUGUGAAAUCCUACGAUCCACCAUACUCGGGUCCGUCGAUAAUUCAUUGCAGUGCGGGAGUAGGACGUACGGGAACUUUUAUCGCUUUGGAUAGUAUGAUUGAGAUGGGCAGGGAUAAAGGUGAAAUCGAUCUAUUUAAUUAUCUAAUGAAAAUGAGGAAUCAGAGAUGCAAUAUGGUUCAAUCACCGGAACAGUAUGAAUUUCUGUACGAUUCUAUAUUGGAAUCGUUGGUUAGUGGUGGCACUUUUAUAUCUUGCGAGGACAAUCAAUACGAAUAUUUCAACAAAAUUUGCAGCGUGAAUGCCACAAAUGGUAAGACACUACUCGAAGAUCAAUGGCAAGUGUUAGGAGAAAUGGCGCCACCGAUAACAUUUGACCCCUAUAGAUUGAUUAAUACUGGCCGAAAGAAAGAAAACGUGGGGAAAAAUAGGGAAAAUAAGGUUAUACCAAAAGAGAGUAGAAGAACAGUGUUUAAGAUAGUAGGAGGUUAUAAAAACGCGACCGAUUAUAUAAACGCAACUUUUGUAAAUGGUUACGAUCAGAGAGACCAAUUCAUCGUAACACAAUGGCCCAUAGGAGACACUAAAAUUGAUUUUUGGAAGCUAGUAUGGGAAUAUGAUAUAAGAACCAUCGUAGUUUUGGUCAGACAUCGUGAACCAAAAGAAAAAAAGGACGACAAAUUUUCCUCCGUCAUCGAUAGUUAUUGGCCAAUCAAACCUAACGAGGUCCUAUAUUUUGGCAUGUUUUUCGUUGAAUUGAUAAAUACUAGCAUGGUUUUAAACGAAGAUUUUGGCAAAAUGAUGGUGAUAAGGACUUUCAAGAUCGGAAAUAUGUUGGAAAAUGGAGUAGGUGAUAACAAAUCCUUUGAUUACAAAUCCUACAAAAAAUUUGACGUGAAAAAUUACAAAAACGUGAAAAUCGUGAAGCAGUUUCAGAUUUUGAGUUGGAAAAAUCGCGAAAUAAAACCUCAAUCAACAUUGAUAAUCCAAGAGGUAAUCGAAAGAUCCAAUUUAUGGCAAAGAGUGAUAAGCGAUGAAGAGGAGUCCAAAUCACUUGAUAGUCGCCCUAUAUUAGUUCAAGAUUUAGAUGGGUACAGUAAAUCGGGGCUUUAUAUUGCCUGCACUCAUUUGUACGAACAAAUCAGGGUAGAAGAUGGCCUCAACGUUUAUUUAGCUGUCAAGACUAUUCGUUCCGAUCGACCCGAAUUCGUGAAUUCUUUUGAGCAAUACCAAUUUCUGUACAAAUUUUCGUGGCAGCAAAUAUUAUUGAUAAAAUUUCAAGAACAACACAGGACACCGUCACUACCAUAUGCAUCCAUAGAAAUGUUUGACGAUAAAUAUAUGGCAGGGAAAUAUAGCUCAUCGAAACUUGGUUUUAAGCCGGAUAUUAUUAGGGAUCCAAACGCGAUAAAAACUAUUGAUGACCUGACUGAAGCCAUAAAUCUACGUUAUGAUAAUUAUUGA